UGAGCUAUUCCUGUACCGGCAGAGGCAGCAGCCAGGACCCGUCGCCUGCCGCCGAUAAUCCGAGCCCAGACUCCAGCAGCAGCGCCGCGGCCAUGAAGGUGUGCAGCGUCCCGGACACCACCGAGGAGGAGCUGCUGGGCAGCGCCCUCAUCACCCCGGAGGACGUGCUGGGCUUGCAGAAGGUCACCGACAGUUACCUGUGCCGGCCGGAGGAGAACGUCUACAACAUCGACUUCACCCGCUUCAAGAUCAGAGACCUGGAGACCAGCACGGUGCUGUUUGAGAUCACCAAGCCUCCGGGCACAGAUAAAGACAAGCGAGACAUCGACCCAAACGCCGGCCGGUUUGUUCGGUACCAGUUCACCCCCGCCUUCCUGCGGCUGCGGCAAGUCGGAGCCACCGUGGAGUUCUCGGUGGGCGACAUGCCGAUAGACAACUUCCGCAUGAUCGAGAGGCACUACUUCAGAGAGAAGCUGCUGAAGAGCUUCGACUUCCAGUUCGGCUUCUGCAUGCCCAGCAGCAAGAACACCUGCGAGCACAUCUACGAGUUCCCGCCGCUGUCCGAGGACGUCAUCCGGGAGAUGAUCCUGCACCCGUACGAGACUCAGUCCGACAGCUUCUACUUUGUGGACAAUAAACUGGUGAUGCACAACAAGGCCGACUACUCGUACAACGGAGGCACGUAGAUGACACGACAGCUGCUCUCCUCUCUGUUUAGCCGUCGCCAUCCCAGUCUGUCUGUGUGUGUGUGCGUGUGCACCUUGUAUAGAUGUACUUGUGGGGACCAUUUUGCCGGGCCCUUUGCUGGAAACUUUGAAAUACCUGGGUGAUUAUAACUGGGAUGCAAACGUGUGAGAUCAUAAACUGGCAACUGAAACCCCCCCAGGAUUUCUUCUCCGUAAAAUACUUGAGACAGAGUGUCUCUUGGCCCCGACGCUGGUCCCCACAAGUCCCUCCGGCCUUGUCUGGGUCCGUCCAUGUGAUCAGAGUCCAGCACCAUGUCGACCUAAACACAGGCCAGCGGGACGACGUGUCUCUCGCACCGCUCCAGAAACACAGUUGGCUACAGUGAACAGCAUGAAUUCAGCUCUGACUUGGCUUCAUUUCGGCCGAGAGACGCGAGUCUCUGGGAAACAGAGAAGUGGGGUUAUGAAAAAGGAGCUUCCAUGAUGUGAAAGGCUGUUACACGGCCUCUCCAGUAGGGGGCAGAAUAAGACGGGUUUCAGAGUCAGCUUCAAAAAAAAGGAAGGAAAGGAACAUUUUUUUGUCAGUUUUCUUUUUAACUGUAUUUAUUUCUGUUGUAUUUGUCAAAGUCAAAACUUGAGGACUGAACUUUAGUAUGCGUCAAAAUGCACGUUUUUCUUUGAACAUAACUUUACUAUUUAUGUGUAACAGUGAUUCUUGUUAGUUUCUUCUUUGUUUUCCUUCCAUCACGAGCGCUGGACGUUAUGGCGAUGAUAAAUCCAUAAAAGAUGAGUUUUACUGCCUCAGCACUGAAAUAUGCCGAACAAGCGUCCUGAUCUUUAUCUGGCGUGAACUUUGGUGGGAGCUGCAGAUCUGAUAAGUCGGAGCGUGUCGGCGACGCGUGAGUGUUCAAACGUGAUCUGAUCAGACGUGGAAACGGACUUGAAUGUAAAGGACGUACGGCUGAUUUCUUUAUAGCCGGGAGACAUUUCCAGUAUUUUUAAUCCAGGUAGAGUAUAUUUUGGCGCCGCGUUACAAUAAAGAUCUAUGGAACUUUUUGUGGGAGUGAC